GAGCAAACGACGACGGCACGGGUUCGAAGAAUCUCAAUCGCAAGUGAUCAGUAGCUGUAGAGGAUGCAACGAAACGCCGAUGAAGCAGCAGAGAGGUCGCCUUUGCUGCGACAGACCGUAUCUCCCUCCGAGGCAGAGACGGAUCAUGGAUCAGCCACUGUAAGGGAGCCCACGAAGAAAGAUCUGGCAUUGAUCAUGCCAGCCCUGUACAUCGGCACCUUCCUUGCUUCGCUUGAUGGUACAAUUAUCGCCGCGAUUCUCCCAAAGAUCGGUUCUGAAUUUCAGUCCUUUAACAUCAUUAGUUUUGUCGCGACCGCAUACCUCGUAAGCACAGCUGCUUUUCAGCCUCUGUGUGGAAAGUUAAGCGACAUCUUUGGAAGGCGCGAAUGUCUCGUAUUCGCUGAAGUAGUGUUCGGGAUAGGCUGUCUGGGAUGCGGUCUCUCCCGUAAUGUGGGAGAGUUGGUUGCCGCACGCGCGAUCGCCGGUGUUGGCGGUGGUUGGCUCACGGCUUUGAGCACAAUUAUCUCGAGUGACCUGAUCCCUGCCCGGGACCGAGGCAUGUGGCAAGGCAUUGCGAACAUCGUUUUCGGCGUCGGAGCUGCCAGCGGGGCACCUUUGGGAGGCUUUCUUGCUGAUAGGAUGAACUGGAGAUGGAGUUUCUUAAUACAGGUACCACUAACUGUUAUUGGUGCUAUAAUCGUCUUCUUCAACGUGAAAGGAAUCCCGAAGAAGGAGCACGAGCAUUCCGCUCUGAAAAGGAUUGACUUUAUGGGCGCAGUCACCAUGGUAACAAGUCUGUGUCUGCUGCUGUUUGGUCUUAACACUGGUGGUAAUCAGCUGGAAUGGACCGACCCCAUCCUGUUGACCAUCCUGCCUCUGAGUGGGCUCUUGAUGAUACUCUUUGGUGUCAUUGAGGCCAAGUGGGCCAUGGAACCUGUUAUCCCGAUGAACUUGCUCAAACAGCGCACCAUCCUUGCGGGUUCUUUGGCUAACUGGUUUGCCUGCAUGUCCAUCUUCAGCCUGAUGUACCAAGUGCCACUAUACUUCAUUGCAGUCAAAGGGUACACCGCAACUCAGGCUGGCCUUCGCCUAAUUCCUCAGUCUAUCAUGCUUUCUGUUGGAUCGCUGGGUUGUGGGAUAUACAUGAAGAAAACCGGAAAGUACUGGUGGCCUUGUGUCAUUGGCUUCCUCAGCAUGGUCUUAGGAGCUGCGGGUAUCUCCACGUUUGACCGCAUCACACCGCUGUGGGAACAUAUUCUCUUCACUGCCUUUCCUGGUUUCGGGUAUGGAAUCGUGCUCACCACGACCCUGCUCGCUCUAAUCUCGAGCGUGGGCCACGAAUGGCAGGCUACUACUACUGGAAUAUCAUACGCCUUCCGCGCAACUGGAUCAACCAUUGGUGUGGCCGCAACGUCCAGUAUCUUCAACCAGUUGCUGCGAAAAUUCCUGGAGGCGAGGAUCGACGGAUCGCACGGUAACAUCAUCCAAGCCGUACGGGAGUCGGUAGGAGCUAUUCGCACCAUCCCAAUCGAAUUCAGGGAUGUUGUAAUAACUUCCUACCUUGAUGCGUUGCGCCGGCAUACAUGA